GGUGGGGUUUAGUUGCAGAGGUUGCUGGUAGUGGAACUCGGAGUCGGCAGCUCUAUGACUUGGAACACAGAAUUUAUGCUCUCUUCAAGAUAGCAUAAAAUAAGAAGGAUACGACAAAGUGUUUAUUUGGUGGAGCUCGUGACAGAGGGACCUCGCUGGCUGGCUGGCUGUGAGCUGAGCGGGUGUGUGUGUGACGUGACGUGAGGGUGUUGUUUUAACCACGACUUGGACACACACCGAGGGACACUGUGUGUGUGUCUGUGUGUGUGUGUGUUGUGUGUGAUCGCGGAGAGGAGUGAGUGAGCGAGCGAGGUAGCGAGCCUGCGUGAAGAUGGCGGCCAGCAAAGGCAAGAACCAGAGCAGUCUGGCGCUGCACAAGGUCAUCAUGGUGGGCAGUGGAGGCGUGGGCAAGUCGGCCCUCACCCUGCAAUUCAUGUACGACGAGUUCGUGGAGGAUUACGAGCCCACGAAGGCGGACAGCUACCGCAAGAAGGUGGUGCUGGACGGGGAGGAGGUGCAGAUCGACAUCCUGGACACGGCCGGCCAGGAGGACUACGCCGCCAUCCGCGACAACUACUUCCGCAGCGGCGAGGGAUUCCUAUUGGUCUUCUCCAUCACAGAGCACGAGUCGUUCACCGCCACCGCCGAGUUCAGAGAGCAGAUCCUGCGCGUGAAGGCAGAGGAGGACAAGAUUCCGCUGCUGCUGGUGGGCAACAAGUCCGACCUUGAGGACCGCAGGCAGGUGACGGUGGACGAGGCGCGCGGCAAGGCCGAGGAGUGGAACGUGCAAUACGUCGAGACCUCCGCCAAGACACGCGCCAACGUCGACAAGGUGUUCUUCGACCUGAUGAGGGAGGUGCGAUCCAAAAAGAUGUCGGAAAACAAGGACAAGAACGGCAAGGGGAAGAACAAAAAGAACAAGAAGAGCUUCAAGGAGCGAUGCUGUUUACUCUAAAGCCUCCUCAUGGACCUUACGCCUCCUCUCAACUCCUCUUCCUCUUCCUCUCCUCUCAUCUUCCUCACCCCUCACUUCCCUCCUUCCUCCUCUCCUCUCCUCUCCUCUCCUCUCCUCUUCCCCACUUCCCUCCUUCCUCCUCUCCUCUCCCCUCUCAUGGUUCAAUCACCACUGUGGAACAUGCUCACCCACACAGCAUGUUUUUGUGUAUAGUUAAAAAAAAAAGUUUUCUUUUUUUCGAUUGUUUUUUUUUCUUAA